CUGUUGUCUUGCUCACGUGCUACUCCUGCUGGUAGCACGUAGGUAAAAGUAAAGGAAUAAUGUCCCUAGUGGUCUCUGACGUCAUCAUGGUCAGGCUGAACAAAGGCCGAUUACGGAUACACCUGCUGAAUUUGGCCACAGCCGUUCCAUUGCUAGUAGUGAGUGGUAGAAGGUCACCACUGUAACUUAUAGAAGACAGGCUACCUUAGUAGUCGGCAUCCAGUACCGGCCUCACUAUGCUUUCCUCAUGCCAUCAAUCUAGAGGGCAUCAACAUCUAUUGGACCCCAGAUCAAUGACAGAGUCACUCGUGCAUCCGGGAUCAGCAAACUACCCUAGAACGAGUCCCAGUUGCGUGGAAUCUGGGGUUUUAGCAUCCCCUCAUGACCCUCUACUCAGACUCGGCAAUUCUUUCUGACAUUUCAGUUCACUUCGUUACUCCAUUACGGCCGUAGUUACGAUGAAUGACCUUGGAGAAUCUGGAGUCACGGGUAAUCAUUACAUAAAAACCUACUUUCAACGACGUCUCAAUUCGCCGUUCUCACACCAACUUUCCUCACUUCCCACCAUCAGCUUGACCCCAACGCACGCCACAAACUUGGCGGCUGUAGCACAUGUCAACGUUGGAUGCCGCAUGUUGAUAGUAUCGGGUACUCUGAAGAGGUUCACCGGUCACGUGUCGAACGCUGAACCUGUGUUGAGGAGCGGAAUGAGCGAUGCAGCUAAGAGCGCCUGGACAUUGAGAUGUAACCCCAAGGAUGUCAAAGCAGUCAACAGCCUUACCAUCUUUCCUUGUGGUCGAGAAAAUACCAGUCGCAGGAGUCUUUGACAAGCGAUACUCAAGGAUACACAUCAACUUGAAGAACUGAGAAAGCUUGUCUGGGCGGGAGCGCACUUGGCUAUGCUCCAGCGAAUAUCAUGCCCAGUCUGAUUUGAACCCAGCCAAUUCUUUAUUCUUUUACGCCUCUACCGUCGGACCGUAUGCAAGAGUCUUGGUAUCCCCAAACCCCAUUCAGAACAAGGGGAAACAUGCAUAGCUGCACUGCAACAUCAUGAUGAUAGAACCUGCAGCAUACUGAACGGUAUCGCCCCUGUCGCGUGGGGAAGAGGUCAUGAAGGACGUGUUGCCCUGGGUGUUCAGUGCCCUGAACCGAGCUGAAGGUGAGAUGGGUCGGACCCUUGUUCUUUACGACUCAGGCUGGCUUUACGGCCCGAGACUUGCAACAUGCCUUUCUGUGAACUGCGUCUGGCGCACCUGGCGCGCAAUUUCUCACCCAGUAGGACUUUACCAUGAAGUCUGUCGCACAGCUCUCGCCCUGCAGCGCAGUACGGAGUACGGAUACGUGCGCCCGGUCUACGUUGACUACUGGUAGGACCAUCUCGAUCGUUGCCAUCGUUUACGGAAUAAGUCCAGUGCGUUUGUCUUACAAGUGUCCAAUGAACCGUCUCAAACGUUCAAUAGCUCAAUGUAUGUACCGGCUAGGAUUUACGCCAGUCUCCACUGCUUGAUUCCAUCGCCUGGCUGCAUCUCAGAGUUGGUGGAAGGCUGUGUCUGUUAAUCCUUGGCAUUGAAUUACAACUGGCGGUGGUUUCUGGCUGCCUUGGCAUACACGGACGGACUUGGCCGCUUGUUGCCCGCCGUACAAAGUGCGUUGUUUGGAUGCGCUGACUGCCUGACAGAAUGCUACGGUCAGACUCACGCUUGAAUACCAAGCACGACUUUGGUGAUGCGUUUGCGGCUUCUUCAGUCAUGGCUGAACCGUUGUACGUCAGGCGCCUAACAACAGUGGCGCUGAUGGAAGCGCAAAUCUCUCCAUUUUGAGGAAGCAAUAAGCUUUUCUCCAAAUAUUGAGAGGUGCAAGACGAAACAAAAGGCCUCUCAUAGGCUUCGGUAUUACGCCGAACCUCGCGCUAUGCGACGCAGAGACAAGUCUGCACCCACUUUGACCGUACUGGCAGUGGAGAAUGAUGGUCUUGUCGAACCUUGGUUGACGCUGGACGUUUUCCGUACACAGUUGCGUUGUUUAUUAGUUUCGAUUGGUACGGUUUUUUACUAAUAGACCCCCGUUCUAAACGUUUUGGAGGGAGGCGCGUGGCUUUCCCCAACUCUGUCUAGUUGCGGUCUAAUUGCAUCGAUAAGGUCUAGAUCAGGGACUGAAAAGUGGAAUGUCUCAUGGAAACGGACAAGGAGCCCUGUAGGCUGCAACGGACCCUGACGUUCCUUAUUAAACGUUGGUAGCGAAACGAGAAGACGCUUGGCUGUAAUAAGACGUGGUUCGACCGUAAACCUGGUAAGCCUGUUGAAGCUACUGAGCAUGUCGGACGACGGUUGAUGAGGGUAUCCACAAGAUUCAGACAAUAUCGUAUCGGUUCUUGACGCUCUCCAUCGGGUCGAUUGAGCCGUAGAGUGAAAUCUCUUCACUCGUUGAACAAGAUGAUGCCAGAUGAGACCGGCCAAGGAAAAAAGUCAUUUCUAGAACUCGGAGGCCAUGGCAUGUUUGAGCCAAGCUGCCAAUCUUUCGAUAGCCGUGCCAUCCAUCCUUAAAGACCAAGGUUAUAUGUGCCACCACCACACGAUACGUAAGCUUUUUAUGAAGAGAUUUAGCUUAGGACAAGAGAAGCCUUCUUCUCCAGAUUCUUGAAGUGUCCAAGACAGAUGAGUCUUCUUGGCCUGAGUUUCUCCAAGGCUCAAUUCAGCCACGGGAGCAAAUUGAUAUGUCUCUAUGUCUAGACAUGCUUGUUUUGAUGUAAUACUAAAGAGCUACGUCGAUCACUACACAGUAUAGCACUACUAUCAGAUGUAGCAUAUGUACUAAUCAGACCCAUAGUGCUAUACUAUAUGUGUAUAUAUAUACCUGUCAAAGAUGCAGCCAUAGAAGAUCAUUUCGAUUUGAGGCCGUUGACACUUCGGCCGGGAUGGAGACUUUUUGGUGGGGGGGAAACUCCGUCGUUUCUCGGUGGCCGGCCGAUGAGGGGCAGCGAGCGGUGCGGAGAAGUUGAGAAAAGAAAAAAAAAAUCUAAACGGCGAAGUCAAUAGAAGUCUACGACUGGCUGUAUUAGUAAACACCAGGCACAACUCUUAUCACCAUUUACCAAAAAUUAUACCAACGGAGGAACAAGUCCAGAACACCUCCUACGGUCUGUGUACGCUCUGAGCAUUACUGCACUUUUAUUCUCGCCUAUUUCAUAUAUCAGAAGAGCAGAGAGAUCUUCAGUGCAGUGCGAGGCCGGGGCCAAGACCUAACCCUGCCUUCUCAACGCCAUAACGUUGACGCCCAACUGGUGUCGAAUUUUGGUCAACCAAGGCAGAAUAAAAUAUAGCCUCAAGAGAAACUACCUACACAAUAGCUAUGGGCAGUUUGAGCGAAUGCGGUAGCGCUUUGCGCAACGGGCGUUAUGCCUCUAUCAUUCUCUCAAAGGACCCCCGUGCCGAGUCACAACCCGCUCCGAACUCUACCUCCGGCUCCGUAUCGGACCCAGCUCCGGUGGCCGGGGCUCUGAUACAAGCUCUCAUUACUCGGUUGACAUCCGUACCUGAUUCCAAGACCCAACCUGCUACAGACACAGAUAUUCCCCAAGCCCUGGCCGUUGGUCUUGCUGCCUUGAAUGCCUUCCUUCAAGUCAACGUCACUGGUCCUGUUCUUCCAGAGUCAGCGGCUCUAAGCACGCUUUUUACCAAGGCAUGGGCUAGCCAACAGUCGGAUGAUGCGAAAAGGAGCCACGCUCAUCUCCAUAAGGCUUGUCUCAGCUAUCUUGAGGUUGACGGCGUCUCACCAUAUGCCUACAUCCCUCACCUGGAACUCUUCGCCCUAGCAAAACACAUCAUCACCCAGGAGCUAUGUCAAGUCGCCAACGAUGUAGUGGAGAUAACUUCUGAGGAAAAGCCGAUCAAGAGCAGUGUUGCUUGGACACAGCUUCGAGUUAACAUCUGGCACUACAAGCUCCUGACCCAGCCCAGUCUUGGACAUGGAUCCAACUUUGCUCGAAGCUCCCAGUGGAGUGACGUGCCCACGUUGGCUUCCCAGAUUCUGGACGGAAUUGGCAACGUGAGAUCCAAGAUUCUCGGAGAGGAGGUCUGGGCAUCAGGUGACGAUGGCUGGAGUCGCGAUGAUAAAGUGCAGUUCCUCAUUGAAGCGGCCAACAACUACAUUCUACUUGGUCGCGACGACAAGGCCAAGGAAGCUAUCAAGGAGGCCUCGCAAACAAGCGGUCUAGAGUAUGCACUCUCAGGUGCUCUUGGAAAGCGAACCAAGUUCCAAGAAAACAGCAUCAGUCAGCUCGUCGUUUUGGCCAAGAGCGGUUCUGAGCAGCGAGUGGACGAUGCUGAAGAGGAAGCAAAGCCAGAUGCUCUUCAACUGAACGACGAUACUCUACACGAGGAAAUUCAGUUUACAAAGGAAACCAACGGGAACGAUAAGAAGGCCACUCUUCCCGUUGCCCUAGCUGAUCUCUCACCCGACGACCAGCCUCAACUCUCCCCUCUCGAUCAGAUCAUUCUCCUUACUGAGGCUACCCUGAAGGACGCUUUCUCACCCAUUGAUACCCUCACUUCAGCAGAGGUGCUGCCCUACGCAGUCAGAGUCAUCGGAGACAAGUCUACGAACUGGCAGAUAUACACCCAGGCAUUGCUGGUUCGAUCCAGAAUCGAGGUCCACCGCAGCCGAACCGUUGAGAGAGGUGUUCUUCAGCUUCAGGCUGUGGCAGACCAAGUACUCACUGAUACCACGGCGGAAGCCCAACAAAAAGCCGAAGAAAAAGAGCAAAGCUCGGAAACGGACGCUCCUACUAUCCAAAUAACCAGCCCUGAAGAAGUUUCUGCGCCUGUGCAGCCCAAGCCAACAUCAUUCCUGCCUGCGCCUAAGGCCUCUGAGUCUGCCCCAGCUCAUGUACGCCUUGAGUACAUCCAUGCUAUCUGUUCACCUCCACGAUGGCAUCUCGAGUCUGAACUGGCCUACGCCUGGGCUGGCAUCGGCUCUCUUGCUUCUGCUCUCGAGAUCUUCAAGCGCCUCCGAUUGUGGGCUGAGGUUGCACUCUGCCUUGCCAGCGCCGCUGCGUCAGAGGAUGAAGAUGGCCGUGGCAGCGGUGGUGAGGCGAAAGCCAAGGGAGUUCUUCGAUGGAGGCUGUUCCACCGUACUGGUGACCAAGCAUCAACUUCCGACCCUGAUGAUGAGGAUAUUGGUGAGGAUGUUACACUUCUCAAGGCUGCUGACUUCUCUGGCCCUGAGCGCGAUCCUCCUCCACCCAACGCUCCACGACUCUUCUGCAUCCUAGGUGACAUCGAAAACGAACCGUCCUAUUAUGAGCGUGCGUGGGAAAUCUCCAAGCACCGAUAUGCCAGAGCUCAAAAGUCGCUCGGCGAGUACUACCUGCAGAAGAAGGAAUGGGAGAAGGCCCGUGAGGCCUACAAGAAGGCUACAGCUGUCAACCGUUUGAGUCCUGAGAUGUGGAGCCGUCUUGGAGAUAUCAGCUUGCGACUUGCGCAGUUCAGCGAUGCCGCCUCAGCAUUCAAUCGUUCUAUUGGAUCUGCAAGCGAUACAGCUGGAGGCGAAGAUGCCCGAACCUGGAGUAAUCUGGGAAGUGCUCUCUGGAGUCUUUACUGUGAGGUUGUUGCUGAGGCCAAGAACAGCCCUGCUCCCAUAUCAGAAGCCCCUGUGCCUGUGCCUGCAGAGGAUGAAGAGGACGAUGUUGCUCUCGCCGCUGCGUCUAAGUCUUCAGAUCGCGAGCCAGCUACUCUCCUGGCCCAGUCACUGGCUGCCUACAAGAGAGGUGCUUCCAUUGCACAUGAUAACUGGCGAAUCUGGGAUAACGUGCUCACACUGGCUUCGCGUGUGCAGCCACCUGCUAUUCCCGACAUGAUCCUCGCUUUGAAGCACAUUAUCCAAAUCCGCAAGUCAGAAGAUGCUCUCGAUGCGGAUGUUCUCGGAGCGUUGCUUCAAGACGCCGUGCUCUCCGUGGAAAAGCCUACAGAUUCGGGUGUCUAUGAGCCUCCCCGUGGCACACCAGAACGAUUGGUGAUGCGACUCUUUGAAGAGGAAGUCGUCCCCCUCAUCACACAGCGCUCUGAACUUUGGACCCUGGUUUCUCGUCUGCGCUCUUGGAGAAGGGACUACGCAGGUGCUAUUGAUGCAGCAGAGCGAGCUUGGCGAGCAGCCGUAGGAUCCUCAGGUAGUGGUCUUCUGCCCGGAGCAGCAGCCACAACAGCCGAUGAAGCGCGAGACUGGACUGUUGAUGAGGGUGCAUGGACUAUAGUUGUGCAGAGAACUGACGAGUUGGUGUCUGUGUUUGAGAACUGGGGCCCUUCAGUUGAGUCCAUCGGCAGUAAAUGGAAGGGCAAGGCAAGAAGCGCCGUAAGGAGUGUAAUGGGCCGAGGAAAGGAGAGAUGGGAGGGAAGUGAGGGUUGGAAGACCUUGGAGACUUUGAUGGAAGGACUAAGAAUCUCCUCCUGAAGAAAGAAUUGGGGUACGAAAAAGACCUGGUUAGGUCAAAUGUUGAUCAUGAUAGAAAAGAGUAAAAUGAAGUAUUGAAAAGGCUGGGUGGGAAUGCCAUGGCUUCAAACUGGUCCUUUGAUUCUGGUGUUCCUGGGCAAAUUGUUCGCCAAACACAGCAAAAGACUCAUAAUUACUGUAACUUCACAGGGUGACAGGCAUGGGAGGUUUGGGAUAAUCAACAACGCUUCAUCAGGCUGA